AUGCCGUCUACAGAUGUUGCCGAGCUCCAGAAAAAGCUCUUCAAGCGCAUGGGCUUGAGCGUGCCUGAAGAGAAACCGCAGUCGCAAAGGCGCCCGUUCAAGCAGACCAAGGAAAGUUACAGCCAAGUCUCGCGUCGAAAAGCGCAGAGGGCGCAGAAGAGGGCGCAGAGCCACGCGAGACACCCUGCUCCUGUCAAGAAAAGUGCUGUUGGAGUCGCAACCCCUCGGCAAGAGAGGAAACCUGAACGACGACCGGCUGCCCCAGCGAAACCAGCAUCCAGCGAUGACGAUGCGACGCCAGAUGAACAAGAUGACGACUUGUCCCAGGAGUCAGACGAGGACCUCGGCAGUGAUCUCGGCAGUGACCUCGGCAGCGAUGACGAACUGGAGGACGGAGGUGAUUCCGACUUAGAGGACGAGAGCCUUUCUGAGAGUGACGAGGCGCAGACGUCAGGGAAAGGAUCAUCACGAUACGAAGGCCUCCCCUCGACUGUCCGUGACAAGCUGGCCCAAGACGAUAAAGAGAUUGAAGAAUACGAAAAGAAACUACGCAUCAAGAAGGGUUCCUCCUCGCUGCCGAAAGCUUUCAGAGACGAUGGGCUCGACGAGAUUUUGGGGGAUGUCGGAUCGGACCAUGAGGCGGCAGAAGACGAUGAUUCGCUCAAACGAAAACGGCAAUUCGAUGAGUGGUUGGCGUCAAAAAGAAGGAAAGCAAUGCCCGAGGCUGCUUCGGCGCAUGAGGGUGGUUCCGAUGACUCUGAUGGCUCAGGGGAUGAAGAUGACUUUGGAUUUUCGGACGACGAAGAUGAUAUCGACGACCACGAUGGGGACGCGCCGCAUGAUGCCAAACCCAAAGUCAAGGAGAAUCCGUACGUGGCACCUACGACAGGGGCAGUGGUCGGCAAAUAUGUCCCUCCUUCAUUGCGGAAAGCCGCCAACUCAGAGUCGGAAGCGAGGAUGCGGCUACAGAAACAGACCCAAGGUCUGAUCAACCGUCUUACCGAAGCGAAUAUUCUUGGCAUUGUAAAAUCUGUCGAGGAUCUCUACCAGAACAACGCCCGCGGUGAUGUUACCGAAAUCCUCACGAGCACGGUGCUGGCGCAGAUGUACAAGUCUUCAAGCGUUCCAGAUCAGUUUCUGGUCCUCACAGGCGGCUUUUCCGCUGCAGUCUACAAGGUGAUUGGGUCCAGCUUUGGCUCACAUCUCAUACAGCAGAUUGUGGUCAGCUUUGGGGAAUCUUACAAGAAUGCUACGCAAGAAGGGAGUAGUUUCGCGGAGAUUCCCAAGGAGUCGUCGAAUAUUCUCGGAUUUCUCACGCAGCUCUAUCUGUUUGAGGUUGUCAGCUGCAAAAUCAUGUUUGACUACAUGGAAAGAUUCCUUGCCGACUUGAACGAGCUGAACGUCGAGCUUCUUCUGCGCAUCUGCCGCAUGGCCGGUCGUCUCCUACGAAGAGACGACCCCAAUGCGCUCAAGCAUGUGGCGUCGAUUCUCAACAAAGCAGUCAACGAAGCUGGGUCUACCGAGCUAUCUGUACGAACAAAGUUUAUGGUUGAGACGAUCAAUGAUCUUGGCAAGAGCAAGCCCAAGGCGCGAGGACUGGAUUCCUCCAUCGUGUCGGAUCACGUUCUUCGCAUUCGAAAGAAGCUCGGUGAGCUCAAGUCCCAGUCUCGCAGACUCGAUGGCCUCGCACCAAUGGGCCUGAACCUGCAGGAUAUCGAAAAGGCAGACACAAGGGGCAAAUGGUGGCUGGUGGGAGCAAGUGUUCCAGCCAAAGAGACGUACCAAGAGGCGGAGGCCAAAUUGACACCCGCCGCGAAGAAUAGUCAUCAUGAUGACCUGUCCGAGGACAAUGAGGACAUGGAUAUCGUGCUCCCAGACUUUCCCAAGAAGGCCCGCGGCCAGGGCUUUCACACCUCGGCACAAAUAGCCAUCUUCACAGCCAUCAUGUCCGCGUCGGACUAUGACCAUGGCUAUCGCCAAUACACCAAUCUCAAGCUCAGAAAGGAUGAUCAGGGCGAGAUUGCGCGCGUCCUUGUGCAAUGCGUCGGGAGCGAGGCAAACUACAAUGAAUACUACGCACUCGUGGCAAAACAAGCCUGCGCAAACAACAGAAUACGAUUUGCUUUUCAAGACAGGCUAUGGAAAAUCUUCCGGAAUCUCGGCGAGCUCAUGUUUGGCGAAGAGCCAGAGGACGAGGAGAGUGCCGAAAGCGAGCAGAUGAAGGAUGAGCGCCGCCUUCGCCACGUGGCUCGCUUCUAUGCAGACUUGAUAUCCGACGGAGCGAUGAAUGUCACCAUCUUGAAGCCUCUCAACCUCCCCAGGCUGAAUAAGUGGACUCUCUUGUUUGUCGAGCAGCUCAUGAUCAGUCUGCUACAGGCCUGCCGGGGGAGCGAGGCAAAGGAGAACGCCAGGGUCUCCAAGAUCUUUGGCGCAGUGGCGGAAGUGCCAGCGCUUGUAGCAGGCAUGGAUUGGUUUCUUCGGAAGAAGAUACGGAAAAGCAAGCUGCUGACGUCAAAGGAGAUGAAGAAAUUGGAGAGGGUAAGGACGAAGGCUGAAGCUACCGUCCAAGCUCAGGCGGCGAGGGAAUGA